CGUCCAUUCCAAACCAUCAGUGCCCAACCAGAAUGUUCAAAUUAUAGCCUUGAGGAACUCAGGUUGGCAGACUACAAUCAGGGUAUAGGCUGUCAGCGUGCAGAGUGGGUUUCUCAAAACCUCGCGUCAGGAUUUUCCGCAGCACUAAACGGUAAAGCUCUGAUACCAAUGAGCAGAAGAGAUCCAAAGCAUCUCAAGAUACUCCGCGGUGCUAGUAUUGAAAUAUCUGUUGGCUUAUCUUCCUGCCUGUGCUCGCGGCCAGAAUCGUGCGACUGCAACGAGUCCUGGUUCCUGCCGAAGGCGUUGAUAUCGCAAUACUCCCCUUUCCUCAGAGCUGCCUGUACGCGCGACUUCAAGGAGCGUGAUCAAAAUCUAAUCGAACUCCCCGAGGAUGAUCCCGCAGCUUUCGCCCUAUUCGUCGAAUGGAUGUAUUACGGUGAAUACACCGUUCUAGCCUCCUCAUCUACGCUUUCAGAAAGCCUGCAUAACGAUACGAACAUGAAUGCGAAAUGCUGGGUUCUCGGCGAUAAGCUUCUAUGCACUGAGUUCAAGAACUAUGCCAUGGGUCGUCUCUACAUGCAGCAUACAGCAAGAUCCACAGGCAGAGUCGUCGCGACGUAUAAUGUGCAGUACGUUUGCGAGCACAGCGCCACUACUUCGAAGUUGCGACAAUUCUACCUUGAUUAUGUUGUUGAGCAUUUUGCCGAUCCGACGCGGUUGAAGGGAACAACAGAAGAGUGGGAUGAGCUAUUGAUACACCACAAGGAUUUGAGAAUGCUUGUGUUUCAGAGCUUCAAAACUGCCCCUGACCAAAGGCGUUUUGUCCAGAGUGAGAUGAACUAUAUGGACCAGGAUGAGCUCUUGUCCAAUACGCUCGACAGACUGAGAAUCGAGGGCAAUGACUCGUAAUGUUGGCGCUAGAAAGAGGUCAAUUGGCUUUAGCAGUGGGGCUGCAAGAAGAUAAGAUCUUGUAUAGUAGAAGUUUUUGAUUUGGUGACGCCCCGGUGUAUCUACGCAUUAAUGAUCAAUUACCACUGUUCUUGGACUUUGUCGCUGUAAGCAGUUCCAUAACAUACCAUACACAUCUGAUCUAAGGUGUGAGAGG